GCGCCGCCCUCAGCGCCCAUGAUAACAGGCACUCGGGUCGUCGGGUUAGCCAGGAGGAACAUAACCACAUAUUCUCACAAAAGCAGAGACGAAACAAUCUUAAAAGACCCCGAUUUAGUCAUCUAGAGUGCUCAAUCGAGAGCGAAUUGUCUUCGCACCGCCAGCAAUCAUGCCUCACACACGGGACGCCGACAGCGCAUCGUCGACGAGCGGCCAAUCAAAACGGCCUCCCCUCAACCAUCAGGAGAGCGACUCCCAGAGCGAGAGCAGCGGCGUUCACCAUCAACAUCAGCGCCGCCAUCACCACGUCCGCCAUCACCAGCGACAGCACACCGUCGGUCACCUGCACCACGCUCGCGCGCCCGCCGCCAAGAACGCUCCUAAACAGCCCAAGCUGAACCGUCGCCAUACCUCCCCGGCCGAUGAGAACCAGCAACAGAUACAGCGCAGCACCUCCUCGGUCAACAAUUCCCACCGCCGAACUGCCAGCGACGCGAGACUAUCAUCCCGCGAAUCCUCGUCAGCCAAUCUCACAAGGAAUUCGUCCCAGGCAAAGCUCGGCAAAAGCUCGUCGCAAACCAAGCUCUUCAAGAGUCCUUCCCAAUCCCAAUCAAGGAUCGUCAAGAGCCCCUCCCACUCAAAGCUCAAGCGCAACCGCUCGCACACAGAGAUUGGCAAGCGAAACCGUUCCGCAGAGCUGAAGCGCGCCGCAAGCACCACCAUUGUCUACCAGACGCAGACCUCUGGUGGAAAGUCACAGGUCCACUUCGACUUGGGCAACGACGGCCAGGACGACGAAUGGGUCGAUGCCAGUGGGUCUAACUCGCCAUACCUCUCCCGCAAGGGCUCCCUCAACAGCAGCAAUCACUCAGUUCAUCAUCCCGACGACCACGCCGCGACCUCUCGACCGAUCACUCCCGUCGAUCCUGUCUCUUCAGCCCAGGCGGGCCACCAGGACCAGCCUGAGCAACCUCCCAAGUCAAGCCCGGAGCGCAUCACAUCUCACCAGAAAGGCUACCUCACAUCCCGCAUCCUGCAGCGCACUCCCUCACACGGAGCUCCGCCCCAGAUGAGCGCGGAUCUGGUGCAGGUUGCGCCCCAACGCUUCGCUCCAGCCUCGGCUGAGGGCCGAGAUUCGGGUACUCUUAUGGGGAGUAACCAGGAUGAGCUUACCUCUCGCUUCGUUGAGGCCGCAGGAUCCGGAUUGACCAGUGAGGGAUCUUUCUACCGGCCGCCUCGGGGAGAUUAUCACCGCUUCGACGAUACUCCUCAAAAACCUCGGUCGAUUGCCAGCAUCUCAGGAGAUCGUGAGGCCCCUACCAGCGCGCCACAACAGAAGGAAGAGGUCGACGACAGUGCAUUGGCGCCCAAAUCCUCCCGACGGACAGCUGGUCCUGCUGCCCAGACGUCACGGACACAGCAGAAGCUUAAUCUCCAACGAGCUAGCUCUGUGAUUGAACCGGGACAGGCAGUCGGCGGAGUCGGAGGUGUAGUCGGCCACACGCCGCUGAUUGGCGUCGGCGGACCCGGCUAUGACGGGGCAAACAGCCGCGACCCCCGAGUCGGCAAGCUUCUGGAGCGCACCGGCAUGGAGUAUCUCGUCGUUCGUCGACAUCAGAACCCGAUUUCACGGUCCAUCGAUCGCCUCAACCGCCUCCCGGGUAUGGACAAGUCACUUCGUAUCCCAGCCGCCAGCCUCGGCUCCGCCAACGGAAAGCGAUCCCUCGACCUCACCAUGCGUCACCACACCCGCAACGUCAGUAUGCCCGACGCUCGGAGACCAGUGACGCCUAAGAGGCCCAACUCGGUGCGGACGAACGGUGCGGCAUCAAGCUACGACGGUGGCGAUGACGACGGCAGGUUGACAGACCGGCUUAGCGGCUCGAGCUUGGUGGGCGGCGAGGAGGAGGAUGGCACAGCAGCCUUGCUAAGGAAUCUGUGGGAAAAGUCGAUGGAGUUGAGUGCGAGCACAGAUUAGGAACUCUGUGGUCCCGUAGAUUAGGAGUCUUGAUACCAACCCAGAGAAGGAGCAAGGCGCUGGCGCAGAAGAGGAGCAGGUUGCUGGCAGAGGUUAAAGGUGCUCGCUCUGCUCGAGCACGUGUUUAUACGUUUUGGGAUACGAGGGCGUUACGGCGCGAGGGGGGUAAUGGGAAACUGUACAACUACUGGGGAUACUUAGAUAGGGAUUGGCCAAGACGACGUCACGUCUGGACGUCAUGAUACGAGUAAAUUGUCUCGAUACUAUUAUCAAUGCAAGCGAGGAUU